UGUUUCAUCUCACCUUCUCCCGUUUCCUCAUCACUCUCCUCUUCUUUCUUACUGAACAAAGCCACCAUUGUUUCUCCGCAAAUUCUUCUCCUUCUCUGCUAGAUCUGCUCUCAGAUCUUCAUCGCAUUCAAUGCUCCUGCGUUUUUUGCACCAAUUACCGUGAUUGCAGUGACCUGACUCUUCUUCCUAUUCACUCUUUUCCAAUAUGAUUAUCUCUAGUCCUGUGACUCCUGGUCAGGUUUCGUGCCUGCUUGGAAUUAUUCCUGUCGUCGCCGCAUGGAUAUACUCGGAGAUAUUGGAGUAUCGGAAGAAUUCAUUCGCUUCCAAAGUGACUUCGGAUGUCAAUUUGGUUGAAAUGAGCAGUAAUGCUGUUAAAGAAGAGGAUACAGAAGUUUUAUUAGAGGGGGGAGCAUUGCAGACAGCCUCUCCAAAAGCUCGUAGUCCCACAUCACCAAUUUUUCGAUUCCUUUUGAUGGAUGAAAGUUUUCUGAUUGAAAACCGUUUGACACUUCGCGCAAUGUCUGAAUUUGGUCUCCUUUUGGCUUAUUUUUAUUUGUGUGAUCGCACAGAUCUGUUUAACUCAUCAAAAAAAAGUUACAACAGGGAUCUUUUCUGGUUUCUCUAUUUCCUCCUCAUCAUAGUUUCGGCAAUGACUUCUUUUAAGAUACAUCAUGACAAGUCUCCAUUCUCUGGGAAAUCCAUACUUUAUUUGAAUAGGCACCAGACUGAAGAAUGGAAAGGCUGGAUGCAGGUUUUGUUUUUGAUGUACCAUUACUUUGCUGCAUCUGAGAUCUAUAAUGCCAUUCGUAUCUUCAUUGCUGCAUAUGUCUGGAUGACUGGUUUUGGGAACUUCUCAUAUUAUUAUGUACGGAAAGAUUUUAGUCCUGCAAGGUUUGCUCAGAUGAUGUGGCGGCUUAAUUUCUUGGUGUUGUUCUGCUGUGUUGUCCUUAACAACAGUUAUAUGUUGUAUUACAUCUGUCCUAUGCAUACUCUUUUCACUCUUAUGGUUUAUGGGGCACUUGGUAUUCUGAACAAGUACAAUGAGAUUGGGUCAGUUAUUGCAGCAAAAAUCAUUGCUUGCUUCUUGGUGGUCAUACUAGUAUGGGAGAUACCUGGAGUAUUUGAAUGGGUCUGGAGCCCAUUUUCUUUCCUGCUCGGUUAUACUGAUCCUAACCCUGCAAAAUCUCACCUUCCUCGUUUGCAUGAAUGGCAUUUCCGCUCCGGUCUUGAUCGCUACAUCUGGAUAAUUGGAAUGAUUUAUGCUUACUAUCAUCCAACUGUUGAAAGAUGGAUGGAGAAAUUGGAGGAAGUGGAAAUCAAGCGUAGAAUAUCAAUCAAAGCUCUUGUUGCAAUAAUAUCUUUGCUGGCUGGCUAUUUAUGGUUCGAGUAUAUAUACAAGCUGGACAAGAUUACUUACAACAAAUAUCAUCCAUACACCUCAUGGAUUCCUAUAACCGUAUACAUAUGCCUCCGAAAUGUUACUCAAAGUUUCCGUGGCUACUCUUUGACCCUUUUUGCAUGGCUUGGAAAGAUCACAUUGGAAACCUAUAUCUCCCAGAUCCAUAUCUGGUUAAGGUCUGGUGUUCCAGAUGGUCAACCCAAAUUAUUGCUUUCUUUAAUCCCAGACUACCCAAUGUUGAAUUUUAUGCUCGUUUCUGCUAUAUAUAUCGCAAUUUCUUAUAGGCUCUUUGAACUGACAAAUACACUGAAAAUGGCGUUUGUGCCUAGCAAAGACGAUAAACGUCUUGUACACAACAUAGUUACGGCUACAACAAUCUGUGUUUUAUAUUCCUUGUCCUUUGUCUUCCUUAGGUUACCUCUAAUGUGGGUUUGAGAGUUGAGACAUGUAUAUUACGGAUUGCUGCAAGCUUACAUGCCAGAUUCCUAUGGACUCGGAAGAAUUCUGCGCAACUUCUACAGUUUGCUUGUCAAACCAAAUUUUCAAUGAAGGAUGCCUUUGUGUUCAUCCCGUUAUUGAGACUACCUACACGGGAAUCAUUAUAAUAGGAUUCUAGCUGGUUUCAGAAAGUUGUAUAUUUGGGGGCGGCUAGUGGAUGGCGUCUGUUUUUUUUUUUUUUCCACAUUUGGUUGUAAGCUAGGUCGGUUUAUUUCAGAUGAGUAAACGACAUGUAAAUACCCAUACGUUUGAUUUAUAAUAGAUUGGAUAUGGUCAUCUUUGAUGAAGAG